UCAGUUGAAAACUACAAGAGAAUGAAAAUUUAAUGGGUAUUAAUAUCAAUGACUGCAAAAUACAAUAUAUAAAGAUUCUUUAUUCGGUGGGUAUUACAGGUGAUUCAAUAAAUAGCAGCACCACACCACACCACACUCGACCAUCCAUUCCAAAUUUGUCUCUUACUUUAAUUUCAUUUCGGCUACACGUGCAGUGUGUGUAUACAGUGCAGUGUAUAAAAGAAAUUGACCAGCGUAUGAGAAUUAGGUGAAAACCUAAUAUACUGUAGCCAUGGUACAGCCGGUUCCUGACCACAUGAACUUUCCUCAAGAGGAGGAAAAGAUCCUUCAACUUUGGAAAGAAUUGGAUGCUUUUCAGUCCUGCCUCAAACAAUCCAAAGGAAAACCAAGGUAUUCAUUCUAUGAUGGUCCGCCCUUUGCCACCGGUCUACCCCACUACGGUCACAUCUUGGCUGGAACUAUCAAGGAUGUUGUGACUCGUUACGCCCAUCAGAGUGGUUUCCAUGUUGACAGAAGAUUUGGAUGGGAUUGCCACGGACUUCCCAUUGAGUAUGAAAUCGACAAGAAGCUUGGCAUCACCGGACCCGAAGAUGUGGCAAAGAUGGGAAUUGAAGCCUACAACAACGAGUGUAGAAAAAUUGUUUCUCGCUAUGCUGGUGAAUGGGAGCAAAUCAUCACCCGUCUUGGGCGUUGGAUAGACUUCAAGAAAGACUACAAGACCCUGUACCCAUGGUACAUGGAAAGCGUGUGGUGGGUUUUCAAACAGCUGUUUGACAAGGGAAUGGUCUACCGAGGCUUCAAGGUGAUGCCCUAUUCCACUGCGUGCAAUACCCCUCUCUCUAACUUUGAGAGUGGGCAGAACUACAAGGAUGUUGUAGAUCCUGCAGUGAUUGUGAGUUUCCCCUUGGAUGACGAGGCUGGAGUCAGCAUGAUUGCCUGGACCACCACUCCCUGGACCCUGCCCAGUAACCUGGCCCUCUGCGUCAACGCUGCCAUGGACUACGUCAAGAUCAAGCACAAGAAGGACGGCAAGGUCUACAUCAUGAUGGAGGCUAGACUUGGUGCCUUGUUCAAGAAGGAGAAGGAAUAUGAAAUCAUGGCCAAAUUCAAAGGAGACACUCUCAAGGGUAGGAAGUAUCAACCACUCUUUCCAUACUUUGCUCAGUUGAAGAAAACUGGUGCAUUCAAGAUUUGUACGGAUGGCUAUGUGACGAAUGACAGUGGUACAGGAGUGGUCCACCAAGCAGCAUUCUUUGGACAGGAUGAUUACCGGGUGUGUCUGGAACAGGGCAUCAUCUCCAAGGAGGAGGUCGUCUGCCCUGUGGAUGCCAGUGGUCGAUUCACUAGUGAGGUCACAGACUUUGCUGGAGAGUAUGUGAAGGACGCUGACAAGAACAUCAUCAAGAAGCUGAAGGAGCUCGGUCGCCUGGUGGACAGCAGCAACAUCAAGCAUAGCUACCCAUUCUGCUGGCGUUCAGACACUCCUCUGAUCUACAAGGCUGUACCCAGCUGGUUUAUCAGGGUUGAAACCAUGUCGGAGAGACUACUAGCCAACAACGAGACCACAUACUGGGUACCAGGGUUUGUGAAGGAGAAGCGUUUUGCCAACUGGUUGCGGGACGCACACGACUGGGCCAUCUCUAGGAACCGAUACUUCGGCACUCCCAUCCCUCUGUGGGUGAGCGAGGACCUCGAGGAGAUUGUUUGCGUUGGUUCCAUCCAGGAGCUCAAUGAACUGACGGGGGUAGAUAUCACUGAUCUUCACAGGGAGAGUGUUGAUAAGCUGACCAUCCCAUCCAAGCGUCCUGGUAAGCCACCCCUACGUCGUGUCUCAGAGGUCUUUGAUUGCUGGUUUGAAAGUGGCAGUAUGCCCUAUGCCCAAUUGCACUACCCGUUUGAGAACAAGAAGGAGUUUGAAGACAGCUUCCCUGCCAACUUCAUUGCUGAGGGUAUCGACCAGACAAGAGGAUGGUUCUACACCUUGAUCGUGAUCUCUGUGGCCCUCUUUGACAAGCCUGCCUUCAAGAACCUGAUUGCCAACGGGUUGAUCCUGGCAUCGGACGGACAGAAAAUGAGCAAGCGUAAGAAGAACUACCCUGACCCCAUGAAUGUUGUCACACAGUAUGGUGCAGAUGCCCUCAGGCUCUAUCUGAUCAACUCGCCUGUGGUCCGAGCUGAGAAUUUACGUUUCCAGGAGACGGGAGUGAGGGAUGUUCUCAAGGAUAUCUUUCUGCCAUGGUUCAAUGCCUACAGGUUCCUCAUGCAGAAUUUAGAGAGAUUAGAAAGGGAGGAGAAUGUGAAGUUCAGUCACAAUGCGCAGACCUUCAAGCCAACAGAUAACAUCAUGGAUAGGUGGAUCCUAUCCUUCACACAGUCUCUCACAAAGUUCUUCCACCAAGAAAUGGCUGCGUACCGUCUGUAUACGGUGGUGGUGAGACUGGUCAAGUUUGUGGACAUGCUGACCAACUGGUAUGUCCGGUCAAACAGGAAGCGACUGAAGGGAGAAGGAGGCAGCAAGGACUGUGAGGGCGCUCUCCAUGCUCUCUUCAGUGUGCUGUUCAGCAUGGUGCGUGUCAUGUCACCCUUCACACCCUUCCUCACCGAGCACAUGUACCAGAACCUGAGGCACCUGGUAGAGACGGACGUGGCUUCUACACAGGACACCAGGAGUGUACAUUACCUGAUGCAGCCCAAACCAAGGGAGGAUCUGAUCGAUAGCAAGAUUGAAACGGCCGUGUCCAACAUGCAGACGGUGAUUGAGCUUGCGAGGGUGAUCCGAGACAGGGCCACCAUACCCACCAAGUAUCCCCUGAAGGAGGUGGUCGUCAUCAACACCGAUCAGGGGUGCCUGGAUGAUAUCAGGUCCCUGGAGAAGUAUGUCAUUGAGGAACUGAACGUGAGGAAGGUCACGACCUCACAGGACAAGGGGAAGUACCACGUCUCCCUGCAUGCGGAACCAGAUCACAUGAUCCUUGGCAAGCGCCUCAAGGGAGAAUUCAAGAAGGUCUCGGACGAGAUCCGGAAGCUCACUGAUGCUCAGCUUCAGGGGUUCAUUUCAAAGGGUGAGAUAGAGGUCGUGGGUCAUGUGCUAGGAAAGGAUGACCUGAGGUUGAGCUACAACAUGGAGGAGUCUGCAUCAGGAUCUUCACAGUACCAGGCUCAUUCAGAUGGAAAGAUCCUUGUACUUCUCGAUGUAACGCCGGAUCAAUCCAUGUUGGACGAGGGUGCGGCCAGAGAGGUUAUCAAUCGUAUCCAGAAGCUCAGGAAAAAGGCAAGCCUGAUGCCCACAGAUGCCAUCACCAUCUUCUACAACGUCGAACCAGCUAGCGAUAGAUUGACGAAGAUCAUCCCAGCUCAUGAGGAGUACAUCUUCAACACCAUCAAGCAACCACUAAGACUGGCCCCAUUGCCUGCUGGAACAGAGGAGACCAUCAGAGAAACAUUUCAGCUGAAAGGACCCAGCCUUGAGCUGAUCAUCGCAAGAGGUCAUCAAGAAGCACCAGGUGCUUCCUCCAGGGGUGCUACGGCUGCUGCCUCUGCUUCAACCAACGGCCCCAACCCCUACUGCAAGUUUGUGAAUGUAGAGCUGUGUGAUGCCAAGCCCACCCUAGGGGCUACGUGUGGGCGGGGCACGGUGCUCCUGGAGAACCCCCCUGGUGACUACCUGCUGACCGUUGACCAGCUGACCCACCAUGUGGGGGUCAUCUUUGGACUACAUGGGAAGAAGAUCCAGCUGUACCUGUCAAAGAACAAGAGUAAUGGUCUGAAUUCCAGCAAUGUCAAAUCUCUUCUCUCACUGAGCGGAAGCACCCUGUAUGCAUACGUCAGUUGAUGAGAGUAAUCUAAUCGUAGUACUUAGUUUCAAGUAUGUACUCUGUGCAUCGACUGGAACCGUUUGGGUUACAUUAUACCACGGAAUUGCACAAUCCAUUACCAUCUUUAACAAAUAUUUGUAUUUCAAUUAGGAAGUAGAGUAAAGGAAUUUUAAUGUUGUGAGGCAAUUGUAUGUUAAUGUAUCUUGUUAUUGUGCUUACACACAGCUGCAUAGUACAGACUGUAUUAACUUGUUGGAUACCGGGACUGAGAUACUUUGAGCUGGAGUGCAGGGAAAGUGUGCGUUAUACUAUUUAAAGAUUAAAUCAUACUCAAUGGGUUAAUUCUUUCUUUGUUAUGCAUUCAAUUCUAAGACUGCCACGAUAAUAAUAUGUCCAUUUAUAUAGCACAGCUACUAUAUAAAUAUAAACUACUCUUACUAUAUCCAAAUAUCUAAAAGCUCACCUCUUCUGCUAAUAACAUAAUUUUUAAGUGCAUUUAAACAUGCAUAUGGAAAAUGUGCUGUAUAAAUGCAUUGUUAUUAUUAUUAAUACAAUAUUUAGAGGAUGUUUUCCAUUUACAAUAUAAACAUUUUACAUGUGACAAACGUAGAGAGAGGCAGUCCACUGAUUUUUUCAUCAGUCUAUCAAAGCGAAGAAAGAGAUAACUCAUAAAUAAAUGUAAAUGCUGAUGAAUUUGCUUUUAGAAAUGCACCUUCGAUUGCAUUCAUACUUAAUUAGAAUAUACAGAGAGGCCGGCAAGAAACUAAUGUACAUGUAAACGACGGGUGCAACAAAGCAUGAAGUGAAUUAAUAUUUAUGUGAUUUUAAAAAACUGUAGUGUUCAAGUGUAAUGAAUAAGACUUGAGAUGCCGAUUUUUCUUUUCCUUUUUGCAGGCAAUGUAGAAGUAGCUAUUGUAGAUGGUUUUUCCUUCUGUUGUUCUGCUAAUUGUGAUGCAUUUGGUUGUGUACAUUGUUGAAUAUGUAUCUGUGACUAUUAUUAAGUUGUUGAUAACAAAACAAUUGCUGAAUACCAUCAAACUGUUUUAAAAAACAAGUAAAGUUUCUGCAAGUUGUUAGGCCAAUCUUGUUUUGUAAUGGUUAGAAAUCAUGUCAAAACAUUACAUUGUAUCUAAAGAUGCAGCUUUCGGUCAAGUGCAAGAGGUAUGAGGCCAGACAUCCUUUAAUUCAAAUGCAUUCAUUCUACCUAUAGGAGAGGUACACACAAUAAUAAAAUAUAAAGAGAGAAUAAGAUAAACCUGUCACAUAACUAUACAUUUAUAUUACCAUUUAAGUUGAUUUUCAGUUUUUAAAAUUACAUAUUGUAUAUGUAGGUACUUAAUUACUUAUGUAUGCGUGAGAGCCUUAUGAGCAUUCUUUGCAUAAAUUUGUAUUACUUCUAUUUUUCCCUUUUCUUCAUAUCAGGUGAUGGCCAGGCUCAUUUAAUCUUCCUUUUUUUAAGGAAUAGAUUCAUAGAGUAAACUUCUUUUAUUUUAAAACUAGUAAAUAUAAGAAUGAAAUUUGUUGAAAGAGACACACAUCAACAAAAGAUGAGUAACCAUUGUACAGAUUAUUUUGCUUCCAUUUUGUUCGAUGAAAUGUUUCUUUAUUUGAGGUUUUAUGAGUUUAAGGAACAGGAUUACUAAAUGUUACAUUUCAACAGAAUAUCCAUUUUGCUUGAAAGAACCUUUUCUGAUUGUAUGCAACAACAAAAAAGAAAGCUUAGCACCUUGUGCCUUUUGAAGUAUAUUUGGUUGAAAUUGUUUUACUUCUUUCUUUUUCCUUUUCACAUAAUAUUCUUCAAUUAUAAUUUUCAGGUGCAUACUGUUGUCUAAACCUAAUUUCUUCGGGUAAAUCAUACAUAGUCUUCUUCUACAUAUAUAUUUCUCUGUAGAACUCUCCCCAUCAAUGGAUGAUUUAUACAAAAAGAUGUUCAACCUUACUUUAUUUUAUCUUUUUUCCUACUAGUACAGUUCUAUCAUUUAACAACACUUUGAAGAUUAAAAACAUAUUGUCCACUGCAUAUCCCUGAAUUACAAUGAAUUACUCAGUAUUCAUGCAUCAUGCACAUUGUUGGUUGUAUGUUAUUUUUGUGUGAUAUCAUGAAACAAACAUUGUAUCAAUUAAAAUGAAAGUGGGUUUAGUGGGAAAGCCCCAACAAAACUUA